AUGGGUCAGGCGAGGCUUCACUCUUCAUCGCCCUUAGUCAGAGACAGUCCUCGAGGUCGAAGGACCGACGACAGCCCAUCAAGGCAACUACAGUGGGAAUUAGAACGUGCUCUCAGUCAAAUUCAUUUGCACGAGAUUGAACGCUCCAAACUUCAUGCCUACCAGAAACGCCAAGAGCAGGAAGAGCUCGACGCUCGGGAAUCAGCACAAGCGGAGGCUCAUCGAAUAGAACUCAAUGCCGCCAAAGCUCAGCAUGAAAUUGUCCGGAAACAAGCCGAGGCUGUUCUUCAGGCCUACAUCAAGCAAGAGGAAGAGGAUCGUCAGAGACGUGAGGAAGAAGAGCGAAGGAGGGUAGAGGAGGAGGAAAGGCAGCGACGGGCAGAGGCAGAGGCACGAGCACAGGCCCAGGAGAAGGAACGUCAACGACAACGGGCCGAACUGGAGCGAAGAGCUCGUGAAGAGAAAGAGCGCCUGGAACACGAAGAGCGUGUCCGCCUUGAAGCAGAGCGUCAAGCAAAACAAAAAGCUGAAGAAGCUGAAAAUGAACGAAGGGAAAAGGAAGCAGCCGAGCAAAGGCAACGAGAGGAGCAAGCUAAAGCCGAGGAAGAAGCUGCUUUGCGGAGACAGGAAGCCGAGAAAGCUGCACCGGUCAAAGCUGCACCACCGCAACCCGCUGCCCGUACUCAGGACAGAGGCAUCAAUCCAGCUUCGGAGGUGGAGGUACAACAUGCCAACUACCUGGUUCUCCACAAAAAGCUGAAAAAGUUCCGUUCCGACUUCUGGGUCGCGGCUAAGAAGGAUCCAGCCUUGAAGCCUCAUGUAGGCGACAUGCGAAGGGCAAUUCGAACCAGCGUAGGGCAAUUGACCGAUGACAAGGUUGGAAACAAAAAGGCACAUGACCGCGUUAGAUUCACGUUACAACAGGCUUUCAGGGAUCGACCCUCGCCUCCCGUAUCGGUCAGCGAGUACCUACCAGCACAUCUCAAUCUAGGGGACAAUGGUACGACAACGAUCCCAUCCCUGGCGCUGUACCUACUCUCCAUCUUCAGCAAGGCGGUUAUCAGUGGUUUCGUUGGUGAGUGUGCGGUCAACCCCAAGGCUGCCGAACCCAUUGGCACACUGGUUGCCCAGAUCUUCUCGAUGCCUGAGCUACAAUUCCCCCGAAAUGUCCCAUCCACUGCCGAUCCGUCACAGCCUUCCAAGCCAACCAGUGUCUCGCUCAUCUCCAUACUCAUGAGCAAAUUCCACGCGACGGCCCCGAUUCUGUUCGGUAUCUCCGGGCGCGAGUCCACUGCGGCGGGCAAACACCGACUCGGGUGGCGACUUGAUAGAAUCACUGAUGACCCCGACUCGAAGAAAGCGUUUGUGAAUGAAAACAAGCACUACGACCACCUCACAGGACUGGGGGUGGGCUACGCGUCGAUAGCUCUCCGCAACUUUUCCAAAGCCAAAGUCUCCAACCCCUGGCCACCGGUGCACUAUUGGGCCAGUCUCGCGCACAUUGCCAAUACGCCUCCACAAGAGGUGCAGACCAGCCAUCUAGUGCUGUUGAAGAGCAUGCUCGAGAACAAUGCGAUCGAACGAUUUGUGUUGUUUUUCGGCGCCGCGGGCAUUGCCGCGUUAAGACAGGCAGCGGUCGACUUUCCACGGACACUGCCGAGAGAAAUGCAGGAAAAGCCAGCGACAAAGACGUUGGUAUUGAUGGUUGAGGGUUGGAAGAAGGAGAAGAACUUUUCACUCGCAUAA